AGUUUACCUUAGUGUCAUUUUCAGUUGUGUCUUGUGUGCAAACUGUAAAGCUGCAAAAUGUGUGCAUCCUUUACAAUAAAAAUAAAUAGUGACAUCGAUCAAUACAUUUGCAUUGCUCAGUAAUACUUUUCACCUUACCAACCUACGCAGUACGCACAGUCUAUUUAAGAACGAGAAAUUGCGCACAGUGAUUUUUCAUAAUGGAUAUCUUAAUCACUCUUUUUUAUAUUCUUUUUUCGAUUUGUGUUGUAUAUCCUCCCGCUGAGUUUGUUUCCGCCGGUUUUACUAUAGCUCAACUCUUCGACAAUUGGCUUGGCUCCGAAAAUACGAAUUUUAUUGGAUAUCAUAUGAAGAGAACAACUAUAACUGUUUUAAUACAUUCGAUGCUGCCAGCUGGGUACCUCGCAACACUCUGGUGCGGUGGUGUGCGUGGAGAGUGGAUGCUAUCGGCUGCAGCCGCUGUAUUGAUAAUCCCAUUUUACAUGGGGUACAAAAUGGUCAGUUGGUGGGAAUAUGACAAGAGUAAGCACCCUGUUGUAAAAGCUUUACAACCUUAUGUGACACCAGGAAUCGAUUGGAGAGUCGUGGCAUCCAACUUCAAUGUGGAGUUUCGAAGUGUGGAUAAAGUAUCGAUAACAUUAAGUGCAACCAGCAAAUUUGUUGUUACUCACUCGUGGCUUGUUAAAGUAACUCAAUAUGGCAUAAACUUGGUGAAACAGAGAGACUGUGCAUUGGUAGCGACUGCGACUGACAGCCACAACUUAUCAACAUCGGGUGAGGAUGAAGUACAAUAUGUGAAUAUAGAAGCGAUCCCAUCAAGGGAUGACAUCAAAAAAUUCACAUUUAGGAUUUCGACAACGUCUCUGAGAGACUUACAACCAAGAUUAGACAGAGCAAUACGAGUCCCUGAGCAUAUAUCUCUGCUGCCCACACUAAUUGAGAGAUUUGUAGAUGUUUUCAAACAGCAUGUCGAGCAGAAUCCUGUUUACCAAAUUGAUGAGGAAGUGGAGCUAUGCAUCGGAUGCAUGCAAAACCCGGCUGAUGUAAAGUUAGACCGUCGCUGCGUCCCGCCGCCUCCGCAUAUCGAGGACGAGCACUUGCCGUGUCAACAGUGCAAUUGCAGGGUGCUGUGGUGCACGGCGUGCAUGGCGCGCUGGUGGGCGGCGCGCGCGGGCGGCGCGCCGGCGUCGUGGCUGGCGGCGCGCGGCUCGUGCCCCGUGUGCCGCGCGCCCUUCUGCCUGCGCGACGUGCGCCCCGCGCGGCCCGCGCGCCGCGCCGCCUCCUGACGCCGCGCGCCGCUCGUGACGCGCGCUCGCCUCGCCCGACUGCUCUCGAAGUUCAACCGGUCGACGAACGUUUGUAUCAUAGUACUCGUCUCCUGCGCGCCCUUUUUGGCGAUAUGUUUCGUCCAGCUUCCUAAGCGACUUUACCACUUCUCUGAGUGAGUGCCGAUCGAAGAUUGGGUACUGCUCGGUCUAUUUGAUUUUUAGAAGUUUAAAUACAUAAUAAAUAUCUGAUUACCAUCAAUAUCUUAUUGGUAUUUAAAUUUUUCUGUGUGUUAUUAUCGUUUGUAGAAAACGUGUCGUAGCUAAUAAAU